UGAAGGAACAAAAACUUCCCACUACUCCCACCUCACUCACCUCACCUCAACUCAACUCAACUCAACUCAACUCAACUCAACUUCCUCCUCCUCCAUAUAUCAGUCCACCAUUUUCUGCACAUUACAGUGUCAAACAAACUGAAACCUGCUGCAACAAUGCCCGCUUCAUCUUCAUCCUCCUUCUUCCUCCUCCUCUGCCUCCUCUCCUCCUUCUCCGUGAUGAUCUCAGGCUAUGGGGAGCAGCUGAUUUUAGUGAACAAUUGCAAUGAGAGCAUAUGGCCAGGAAUGCUGGGCGGAGCGGGCCACCCCACCCCGAAUGCUGGCGGCUUCCUCCUCACGAGUGGCCAGGAGGUCGUGAUCGAUCUCCCUCAGAAGUGGUCCGGCAGGGUGUGGGGCCGCCAGGGCUGCUCCUUCGACUCCACUGGGAAGGGAUCCUGUGAAACUGGCGACUGCAACGGCCUCCUCCGAUGCCAGGGCACUGGCGGGACCCCGCCUGCCACUGUGGUUGAGAUGACCCUUGGCUCCUCCGCCUCCCCGCUGCACUUCUAUGACGUGAGCCUCGUGGAUGGGUUCAACCUCCCUGUGUCGAUGAAGCCUGUAGGGGGCGGUGUCGGGUGUGGGGUCGCCUCCUGCGAGGUCGACCUCAAUGUUUGCUGUCCCUCGGCAUUGGAGGUAAGAAAGGGAGGGAAGAUCGUCGGGUGCAAGAGCGCAUGCCUCGCAAUGCAGUCCGCCAAGUACUGCUGCACGGGGAGCUAUGCCAACCCAAAGGCUUGCAAGCCAACCCUUUUCGCAAAUCUCUUCAAAGCGAUCUGCCCAAGGGCGUACAGCUACGCGUUCGAUGACUCGUCGAGCCUCAACAAGUGCAGGGCUUCGCGUUACGUGAUCACUUUCUGCCCUCCCAAAUGAAGACUGGAUUUGGAUCAUACUGAUAGUUCAGGUUGGUCUUAGCGGGGGGGAUAAAGAAGUUGGAACUUCUAGCGCUUUAUUUAAUUCCUUUUUCAUUUUGAUCCAUCUUCCAUUAGAAUGUUGGGUUAAUUUGGUUCUUACUUGUUAUGAUCUGUUAGGAAGUUAUGGGAUGAUUUUGGAUCCACCGCCGCUGAACUGUUAUGCAUUUAUCAGAAGCUUAAGCUUUCAUCAGCUCUAGGAUCAUUAAAUUUAUGUAUCUGCCGGAAAUCCAGUUGCCGAAGGAAGAACAAUUGGAUUGCAAUAUGCGUUUACACAACUAGAUGAUGAAUUAUCCGAA